AUGUUUUGUGAACACAAAGGAAAAUAAUCAUUUUGUAUUGGUUGUCAAUAAAUAAUCUGUGAAAAAUGUAAUUGUUGUAGUGAUCCAAAAAAAAUAAAUUUACCAGACAAUGAUUUAAAUGCGCUUUGCUCAAGGUGUGAUUAAACCUCCGCCUAAUUAAGAUGUGAAUAGUGCAAAUUUCAAUUCUGUGAAGAAUGUUAUCAAUCUGUUCACAAUAUAGGAAAAUUCUCUAAUCAUAUCAAAAUUGCAAUUAAUUAAGAACUACACUAGUAAAUAGUGAAAUAAUUGUCGAUCAUUGCAGAAUUCGAAUAAUACUCAUAAGAUCAAAUGGCUUUUGUUUUGAGAUAUUUUGAUUAGAUUUAGGAAGUUUUAGAUAGGAAAAAAAAAUAGUUGAUUGAUACCAUCUCUAAUUAUCAGGGUUAAUAAAUGAAAAUGCUUAAAUAAAGAAGAAAUGUAAUUGAAGCAGCUGUCAAAAUCAAUUCAGAACAAUCUUUUGAAAUCCCAGAGUGUCUCAAUUAUUAGAAGGAAACAUUUAAUUUAACCUCCAAAGAAUAGUUUAUCGAGUUUAUUUUAAAUAUCGAUUUUUAAAAAAACCUAGAAUCAAGUACAGUUAGUCCACGUAGAAUUCACACUCAGUCUAGUGUGAGAAGAAGUGCAAGUUCUCGAAAAUUGGAAAGUCAAGAAAAAAUUGUUGAAGUUUGUGAAACUUUUGAAAAGCGGAAAUUUAUUAAAUAGUUGUGCUAAUCAAAUUCUAUUUAGUUAUAAUGGACUCACUCCAAAUAAAAGGUUGAUUAUAAUUUAGAAAUGGGGAUUGGGAUGAAAAUCAAAGGAGUUGAGUAGUUUAAGUAGGUUUAUAAAGGUACGGACCCUUAAUUUACAAUCAAUGGAUUAUAAACAAAAACAAAUUAUAAAUUCAGAGUGUAAAGUAUCUUCGAAAAUAGAACAAGUGAAUUCAGUGAGAUCCUGAAUUUGACCACAUCUCAACAAUAAUCCGUUGAAGAUAGUCUAAUCAUUUCUAAGAAAAUAAUUAAUAAUGAUAUCUAGGUGUAAUUUGAGAAGCCUGGGUUAGUGUUGGGCACAAAUCCAUUAAAUUUUGGAGUGUGGUCUUGGGAAAUCAAAUUAAUAAUCAAUGGCAUAAUUGAAGACUUGACAGCCAGCUUGGUUGUCGGAGUAGCCAAUAAGUAGAGAAAGAUAGUUGGAACUACGUUGAAUUAUGGUUAUCAACGAGACUCCUUAGUUAUUAAAGUCUUGGUUGAUAUGGACAAUAAGUGCAUGACUAUAACUUCGAAGAUGCAUCCAAAUGGAGAGAGAUUCCAAAACAUAAUAGGUCCUGUAUUCCCAGCAUUUUAGAAUAAGAAUACUCACAAAGGAUCAGGAUGUAAAUUAUUGAUAUAAUAUUAAUAAUUAUGA